UCUUCAUUCAUUCUCAGCCUCUUAUUCUGCCUCCCUUCUUUUUCUUCUACAGCCCUAGUUUUCGUACAGCAUUCGUGUUACAGUAUGGCUGGAAAGGGCGAAGGACCGGCGAUCGGCAUCGAUCUCGGUACCACCUACUCCUGUGUCGGAGUAUGGCAACAUGAUCGUGUUGAGAUAAUCGCCAACGAUCAAGGGAACCGAACCACGCCGUCGUAUGUUGCUUUUACCGAUACUGAACGGUUGAUCGGAGAUGCAGCUAAGAACCAGGUCGCCAUGAACCCGACGAACACCGUUUUUGAUGCCAAGAGGCUGAUUGGUAGGAGAAUCAGUGACCCAUCCGUGCAGAGUGAUAUGAAGUUGUGGCCAUUCAAGGUUGUGUCUGGUCCUGCUGAAAAACCAAUGAUUGUUGUUAAUUACAAGGGUGAGGAUAAGCAAUUUGCUGCCGAGGAAAUCUCAUCCAUGGUUUUGACCAAGAUGCGUGAGAUUGCAGAGGCCUACCUUGGGUCAACAAUAAAAAAUGCAGUUGUCACUGUUCCAGCAUACUUCAAUGACUCUCAGCGUCAGGCUACCAAGGAUGCUGGUGUCAUUGCAGGAUUAAAUGUUAUGCGUAUUAUAAAUGAGCCAACCGCUGCAGCUAUUGCAUAUGGGCUUGACAAGAAAGCUACUUCUUCUGGUGAGAAGAACGUGCUGAUUUUUGACCUCGGUGGUGGCACUUUUGAUGUUUCUCUCCUCACUAUUGAGGAGGGUAUCUUCGAAGUUAAGGCCACUGCUGGAGACACUCACCUUGGAGGAGAGGACUUCGAUAACAGAAUGGUGAACCACUUUGUUCAAGAGUUCAAGAGGAAGAACAAAAAGGACAUCAGCGGAAAUCCAAGGGCCUUGAGGAGGUUGAGAACUGCUUGUGAGAGGGCGAAGAGGACACUCUCAUCCACUGCGCAGACCACAAUUGAGAUUGAUUCUUUGUUUGAGGGUAUCGACUUCUAUUCAACAAUCACACGUGCUAGGUUUGAGGAACUGAACAUGGACCUCUUUAGGAAGUGUAUGGAGCCUGUGGAGAAGUGUCUAAGAGAUGCCAAGAUGGACAAGAGCACCAUCCAUGAUGUCGUCCUUGUUGGUGGCUCCACCAGAAUUCCCAAGGUGCAACAGCUAUUGCAGGAUUUCUUCAAUGGCAAGGAUCUCUGCAAGAGCAUCAACCCUGAUGAGGCUGUUGCCUAUGGUGCUGCUGUCCAAGCUGCUAUCUUGAGCGGUGAAGGCAAUGAGAAGGUUCAAGACUUGUUGCUACUUGAUGUCACUCCUCUCUCAACGGGACUGGAGACUGCUGGAGGAGUGAUGACCGUAUUGAUUCCCAGGAAUACCACCAUUCCUACUAAGAAGGAACAAGUAUUCUCCACGUAUUCAGAUAACCAACCCGGUGUCUUGAUUCAAGUAUACGAGGGUGAAAGAACAAGAACCAGGGACAACAACUUAUUGGGCAAGUUCGAGCUCUCAGGAAUUCCCCCAGCUCCCAGGGGUGUUCCCCAGAUUACUGUUUGCUUUGAUAUCGACGCUAAUGGCAUCUUGAAUGUCUCCGCCGAGGACAAAACCACUGGACAGAAGAACAAGAUUACCAUUACCAACGACAAAGGAAGAUUGUCGAAGGAAGAAAUAGAGAAGAUGGUUCAGGAAGCCGAGAAGUACAAGGCAGAAGACGAGGAGCACAAGAAGAAGGUGGAAGCCAAGAACGCCUUGGAGAACUAUUCGUACAACAUGAGGAACACCAUCAAAGACGAGAAGAUCAGUUCAAAGCUGUCAGCAGACGACAAGAAGAAGAUAGAGGAUGCGAUAGAGCAGGCCAUCCAAUGGCUGGACGCGAACCAGCUGGCGGAGGCUGAUGAAUUUGAAGACAAAAUGAAGGAGCUGGAGAGCAUCUGCAAUCCCAUCAUAGCCAAGAUGUACCAAGGUGGAGCUGAUGUUGGCGGUGGCAUGGAUGAUGAUGAUGAUGCUCGCCCAUCUGGUGGCAGCGGCGCUGGCCCCAAAAUUGAGGAGGUCGAUUAAGUGUCUUCUUGGUUGUAGGUGGUCCUUGCUUUGGGGGUUGCGAUUAUUAUUAGACUUUUACUGUAUUAGGUCUUGAUUUUGUCUUCUGUUAUAUUUCACCCAAACAGUUGGAAAACUUUGAUUAUGGAUCAUUUAAUACGAAGAUCAUUUUGCUCA